UGUGCAUCUGCAGCAGUGGCUCCAAGCACACGCUGCUGGCUCCUCGAGCUGCAAGAGUGGAGGGCGCUCAGACGGGGUGGCUGCUUAGUCACGCUCACUCGCGCGCCUUGGCGAUUCUUCUCGCAUGCGUCGGUGCGGUGACGCGGGGCGCAGGCGCGCGAGGGGCGCGACCGUGCGCCGAGCGGAGAGCGGGCUUGCCAACGUGUUCCUUCCUCUCGCCUCGCCUGGCUCAGAGCCCAUCCUUCGCCACCACCAACUCCAUCGCCGGCACACCCCACCUUGCAUCGUGCCUGGCCUACAGCCCCGACUGUCCUUUCGUUACUCUUCCCUCAGCGCACAGCGCGCCGCCCGCGCCCAUCAUGUCCUUCACGCCGCCGCCCGCGCCCUGGACCUUCGCCGCCGGCGAGGUGCUGGCCUCGCUGCGCGUGCAGCCCGAGCAGGGGCUCAACGAGGCCGACGUCGAGGAGCGCAGACGCGCCGUCGGCGAGAAUGUGCUGCCCUCGGACCCGCCGACGCCGCUCUACAUGCUCAUUCUGGCGCAGUUCCAAGACCAGCUCGUCAUCAUCCUCCUCGCCUCGGCGUGCGUCAGCUUUGUGCUGGCGCUCCUCGAGCGCGAGGCCGACUCGAGCCUGCUCGGCGCCCUCGUCGAGCCGGGCGUCAUCUUCCUGAUCCUCGCCGCCAACGCGACUGUUGGUGUGGUGCAGGAGAGAAACGCAGACAUGGCUAUUGAUCGGGUGGCGCAGCUGAGCCGGCCCUGCUCGAGUGCCGAGAGCACUUGCGCUUUUGAGCGCAAGCUGGACGCCUUGAUGGGCAGGACCGCCCAGCUGCUGCGCGCAACUGCGGCCUUCCCCACCGCAGGGAGCAGGGACACAGCAGAGCGCGAGGCAAUUCUCGUGGCGCUGGCGCUCAAGGAGUAUUCUCCUGACUCGGCCACUGUCAUCCGCGGCGGAGCGUCGGUGCGCGUGCGCGCCGCCGAGCUCGUGCCGGGCGACAUCAUCUCCGUCACUGUGGGCGCCAAGAUUCCCGCCGAUGCGCGUCUCGUCUCGGUCCAGUCGUCUGCGUUCCGCGUGGACCAGGCGAUCCUCACGGGCGAGUCGCAGAGCGUCAACAAGAGCCUGGCCGUCGUGAGCGACGAGCGCGCGGUGCGGCAAGACAUGACGAACAUGCUCUUCAGCGGCACGACGAUCACCAACGGCACGGCGCUUGCCGUCGUGACGGCCACGGGGUCGCACACGGCCAUCGGCGACAUUCACGCCGCCAUCAGCAACGAGGAGGACGAGAAGACGCCGCUGAAGCAGAAGCUCGACGAGUUUGGCGACACGCUCGCAAAGGUCAUCUCCAUCAUCUGCAUCCUCGUCUGGCUCAUCAACAUCCGCCACUUCACCGACCCGUCGCACGGCGGCGCCUUCAAGGGCGCCAUCUACUACUUCAAGAUCGCCGUUGCGUUGGCCGUCGCUGCCAUUCCCGAAGGCCUCGCUGCCGUCAUCACGGCGUGCCUGGCCCUCGGCACGCGCAAGAUGGCCAAGCGCAACGCCAUUGUGCGCCACCUGCCGAGCGUCGAGACGCUGGGCAGCACCAACGUCAUCUGCUCCGACAAGACGGGCACGCUCACGACGAACCAGAUGAGCGUGACACGCUUUGCCGUGCUGGGCGCGCAGGGCGAGACGGUCGCGUACAAGGUCGAGGGCACGAGCUUCUCGCCCGUCGGCGCCAUCACGGCCGGCGGCAAGGCGCAGGAGGGCCUCAACAAGCGCGGCGGUGCCGUGCACGCCCUCGCCCAGGUCGCGGCUGUGUGCAACGACUCGAGCAUCGUGCGCGAGAAGGGCUCGUUCGCUGCCGUGGGCCAGCCCACCGAGGCGGCGCUGAAGGUGCUCGUCGAGAAGCUCGGCUCGCACGAUGCUGCGCUCACUGCGCGCGCAGCUGAGCUUCCGCUCGAGGCGCGCGCCAGCAGCAUCUGCGAUGCCUACGCGCAGGAGCUGCCGCGCGUGCUCACGCUCGAGUUUGGGCGCGAGCGCAAGAGCAUGUCGACGCUUGUGCGCCGCGAGGACGGCAAGGGUGCGCUGCUCGUCAAGGGCGCGCCCGAGGCCGUCAUUGCGCGCUGCAGCACUGCGCUCCUGGCGUCGGGCGAGGAGAUUGAGAUCGACGAGCUGACGCGCCAGGCGCUCGACGCCACUGUCGCUGGCUACGCCUCGCAGGGCCUGCGCGUCCUCGCGCUCGCAACUGUCGAGGGCGCCACGCUGGACACUUCCAAGUACGCCUCCGACUCCGCGGCCGACUACGAGCGCUUCGAGCAGAAGAUGCGCUUCGUCGGCCUCGUCGGCAUGCUCGACCCUCCGCGUCCCGAGGUCGCCAGCGCCAUUGCGCGCUGCCGCGCCGCGGGCAUCCGCGUCAUUGUGAUCACCGGCGACAACAAGGCCACGGCCGAGACGAUCUGCCGGCAGAUUGGCAUCUUCGAGGAGAAGGAGGCCCUGGAGGGCAAGUCGUUCACUGGCCGCGAGUUCGAUGACCUCGACGAGGCAGGCAAGAAGCGCGCCGUCCUGCGCGCCAGCCUCUUCUCGCGCACGGAGCCGAGCCACAAGAGCCAGCUCGUCGAGCUGCUCCAGAAGCAGGGUCUCGUGGUCGCGAUGACCGGCGAUGGAGUCAACGACGCGCCGGCGCUGAAACGCGCCGACAUCGGCAUCGCCAUGGGCACGGGCACCGACGUGGCCAAGCUGGCGGCCGACAUGGUGCUUGCCGACGACAACUUUGCCACUAUCGAGGCGGCCGUCGAGGAGGGCCGUGCCAUCUACAACAACACGCUCGCCUUCAUCCGCUACCUCAUUUCGAGCAACAUCGGCGAGGUUGUCUCCAUCUUCCUCACCGUGCUCUGCGGCAUGCCCGAGGCGCUCAUUCCCGUGCAGCUGCUCUGGGUCAACCUUGUCACCGACGGCCUGCCUGCCACCGCUCUUGGCUUCAACCCGCCGGACGCUGGCAUCAUGUCGGUGCCGCCGCGUCGCCGCAGCGACCCGCUUGUCACGCUUGCCGGCUUCGCUCGCUGGUGCGCCGUCGGCAUCUACAUUGGCGCCGCCACCUGCGGCGGCUACGCAUGGUGGUUCAUGUACUACCCCGGCGGCCCGCAGAUCUCGUGGCACGAGCUCACGCACUUCCACCAAUGCGCCUCGUUCGAGAAGGGCUGCGGCAUCUUCGACGACGCACGCGCGGCCUCGACGAUCUCGCUCAGCAUCCUCGUCGUGAUUGAGAUGCUCAACGCCGUCAAUGCGCUCUCGGACGCCGAUUCGCUCUUCACCACCAGCCCCUUCUCGAACCCGUACCUCAUCGGCGCCAUCGUGCUCAGCCUGGGCCUGCACUACACCAUCUGCGUCGUGCCGAUGUUCCAGGACCUCUUCCACGUCACGUCGCUCAACCGCGUCGAGCUGCAGGCCGUACUCUACGGCAGUCUGCCCGUGCUGCUCAUCGAGGAGGUGUGCAAGUUCAUCACGCGCUGGGCCACGGCCGCCGAGCGCAAGCAGCGGCGCGAGGCCGAGCUGGCCGAGAAGUAGGCGUGCACGUCGAAGGAUCUGCUGCAGCCGCAGCAACGCCGCCGCACGACGGCUGGAAAAUAGACACGGACCUGCUCGGGUCACACCUGCACUCCCUCAUAUGUAUAUAACGCGCGCCACAGCUCUCUCUGCCGGUAGAGGACCAAAAUACACAUGCGCAUAUCAUCAUG